CUGGGAGGACUGAAGAGGAGCCUGAAGGAGGGGAGGAAGAAGAAGGCGUGGAGAGAACGAGAAGAAACUGUAGCAGAAAAAGAAGAAGAGGAGGAGGAGAGAGACGCUGGAUGAAUCAGACGAGACGAUGGAGUUCUGGUUCUGCUGGGUUCUGGUCCUGUUUGGGAACGUCUCUGCCAACCCACUGCGCUACAGCAUCCAUCACGCCGAGGUCAACUUCGACCAGGCGGAGGAGGGCUGCUCCCCCGGUGUCCUCACCACGCUCGCCACCGAGCAGGAGGUCGCCGCCGUGCUGCGGCUCGUCUCCGAGUUGUCGUCGCCCGGUCAGAGCAACCUCACCUUCUGGGUCGGGCUGAAGAAGGUCAAGAAUGAGUGCGUGGUCCCCUCGCUGCCGCUGAGAGGCUUCAAGUGGACGGAGGGCCGCGGAGAGGACUCGGAGACGGUCCGCUGGGCCAAGGAGCCGGAGAACACCUGCACCACGCUGCGCUGCGCCACGCUCUGGGCCCAGCUGCACGGUGCCAACGUCACCAGCUGGGGCCUGAUCCCUGUCACCUGCAAGACCCAGUCCCGAUUCAUAUGUAAGCUGAGAGACCAGGACACCGCUGGGACACCAGGACCAGCUGCACCAGGAUCUGAACCAGCUACACCAGAACCUGAACCAGAUCCAGCUACAGCUGAACCUAAACCUGCAACACAGAAACCAGAACCAGCUGAACGUGAACUUCCUACCGUAGGACCAGAACCUGACCUGAAGCCUGAAACUGGAACUGAAGUGCAGGGUCCUGGUCUUGAUCUUGAUCCUGGUCUGGCCUCAGACUUGUGUGAGAAGCCGUACAUCCCUGAGUCCCGCUUCAUCACUCUGGUGCAGGACAAUGCGAGCUGGGUCCAGGUGGACUGUUACUCGGUGCAGCUGGAGGUUCACUGCACGGGGCGUCCCGCCACGUGGCGCCUUCAGGAUGGCUCCCCCGCCAACUUCACCACCAUCUGCCACCCGUGUGCCGCCGGCUUCAGGAAGAACGCCUCCGGACACUGCGCAGACAUCGACGAGUGCAGCGGCGGUGCCUGUAAGCACAACUGUCUGAACACCGUCGGCUCCUUCAGGUGCUUCUGCGUGGACAAGAACGGGAAUAAGCACGACGGGGACUCGCCGGAGUGCGAGGUGGCAGUGCCAGCAGCCGCAAUGGGGAUCCUGGUGCCAGUGCUGGUCGGCUUGGCGGUGCUGCUGGUACUGGUGGCGGUUGUGGCGGUGACAGUGAAGUGCUGCCUGAUGCGGCGGUCGAAGAAACGCGCCAUGAAGAAGGCGGAGAAGAUGGCGAUGAAGAGCAACGACGGGAAGGACUCCAAUGACAACCAAUGAGAAGACAGCAACAUGAGGGAGCCGCGCUGCAAUUGGCCGGCCCGGCUGUGACAUCAUCAGUGUGUCUCAAACUUUCCCAGAAGUAUUAAAAAGUUUAUUUUCACUUUAAAAUGUUUUCUCAACAUUUUUUUAAUGAAUUAUUGAAGAUAAAUAACUGAAAGCUGAAUUAGUUUAACAUAAAUCAAAAUUAUUUAUUAUUGAAUUGUUAAUGGUCAUUUAAUAACUGAAAUUAACAGUUUAUAGACAAAGUAGUAGUUGAUAAAUAUUAAUAUUUUGAGUUAAAUUUGUAUCCAACUUCACUGACGACAACAGGAAGCUGUCAUAAUGAAACACCUGUAUCUGUAUUUAAGGGAAAUUAAACUGAUUUAAUUAAAAAUAAAAUAAAGUUUUUACUUUUUGAUUAAAGGAGAUUUUUGCUGUUUUAAGUGAAUAAAGUGUCUCAGAGUUUCUAUGAGUCUGUUUCCAGCGGAGUGUUUAUUCUUUGUUUGUUUUAGAGGAAACAACCGGAAACAGAACAUCAGGACAGAACUAUGUGGACAGAUGUGUCCGCUGGGUCUCUUAUCUGUCCACAUCCCUCAGUCCCCGCUCCGUCUGCAGGACAGGAAGUGAUCAGCAUGUUUACACACUCGUUUCCUGCAGAACAGAGUCGCUCAGACUCAUCACCAUCUCGGUGUUUGAGAGUCAUUUAAUAUUCUACAAAAUACUAAAACAUCUUCAUUUGACAUCCUCUGAGUUUAUGAAUACAUAAUAAUCAUUUUAAUAAUUAUAAUAUCAAAUUAUCAGCUCUGUGAAAACUGAUGAAAAUGUUUUGUUUUGUUUGAUACUAACUAUAAAAAAUAUGAAAAUA